GCCCAUGAUUGUACCUGUAAUGUUACACAACGUCACGCAGCACACCUGUGUGUAUGUAUGCGUGUGUGUGUGUGUUCGAGUGCCAGAGUGUGUCACCCAUCAGUUCGAUCGUGACAUUAUUCUGUGUACGGGCACUGGUUCUAAAAAAAGGACUAGAUGCCAUGACGGGUUUGAAGUAACGGAACUAAAAUUGUCUUUCAUAUUCAAUAAACGGAUAAACAAAACAUUUAGAGUAGUGACUUAAUGGAAAUAAACUUAUCCUCCUAGGAUACUUAACUUCACAGAUAAUUACAAGAUGAGUGGGGUCACUUAUUUAUGUAGUGCAACCUUAAUGACCUUUGGAUUAUGCAUACUAUCUUGUGCUUUGAGCCAAGCCCAAACAAUUAACGUGACCGUUGAGGAAGGCAACUACACAUCCUUUCAAUGCAACUAUCGAUACAUGGACACGAUGGUGUGGAACUUGACGGUGGCCGGAAAAGUCCUGACAGUGGCUACUUGUGAAAGAGGACUGUGUAACAUCGACGAUUUUUAUAGUGAAUAUAUUUCUGGAAUCAAUACAGUAUACCUGCAGAGCGGUAGGUCUGUGUACGAGAUGACACUACGGUCCAUCUACCGAAUUUUUACCAGAGUUCAAUGCUAUCCACGCGCAGAUCCAACGUAUAGAAAAACUUGGCUACUGAACGUGAUAGUCCUACCCACGCAACCAAAGUGUGAGUUUCCAAGCGCAGAUUCUUUCAACAAGGACAAUUUUUACACUUUGACCAUAUCAUGUGUCACCUACGUCUUCCCCACGGCCAACUGUAGUCUUGAGGUCAAGAGCAACAUGGAGAUAUACAACACACAGGUCACCUAUACUCACAGCUUUUCGCAUCUGACCAACUUGUACACCACCACGUGUCUGUACAGUCUGUCGCUGUACGCCACCACCUGGGACGAAAUCGAUAGUGAAUUUCAGGUCACGGCGUACCCCAAUACUUACGAUGGAAAGAAAUACAGAGUUACUACCCCGUGGUUGCCCUUUUUUCCAGAAGCUGAGCCAACAAUCUCAAGCUUCACGCUAAACGGUGUGAGUUCAAGUAUCACAGUCGGCUGUGGAGACAAAGUCACCGUUCGAUGCAAAGGCGAAGGCCAACCCGGCACCUCCAUUCAGCUCUACGACGGCUCGCCCAAUGUGCUUCUAGAAAAUUGGGAACUGCCCAUGGAGAUCUAUCACAUGUUCAACGUUGAGAAUUCCUGCGGUAGCCGACACACAUUGGGGUGCAAAGUUGGAUCUGAGGAACAGACUCUGAUACUUACCAUCAAUUCGUGGUCGAAGGAUGGUUCCAACAGCAGCUACUUAAUAGCAGUGGUCGUCACGCUUUCAGUGGCCAUCGUCAUCACAGCCUUGAUAGUCUUCUGCUACAUCAGAAUGAGGCUGAGGCGAAAGAGGGCAGCCAUGGCCAACAGGCGCACGCCCCAUCGUCUCUACCCACUUGACUUGCCGGGUGUCGGAGACAUUCAACCGUCGGCGCCCCCGUCCUACCACGAAAUAUUUUUCAUUGACGUGACCGGAGAGCCUGUGGACCUCCCCGAAUACUGGUCGCUGCCCCCACCAUACUCCGAGCACCCUGAUCCGCAGCUGCCCAAAGCAACGAGUAAUGAAUAUGCUAAUGUUUCCCCAAGAAUGACAUCACAGGAAGUGAUAAGCACGUGCGCUGAAACGCCACCGGAAGUAACGUGCGCAGCAUUACAAGAAUCGAGGGGCGCUCCCAGUGCAGCAUCGCAAGUAGUCAGAGGAAUUCCCAGUGCAUCGUCGCAAGAAGUGAGGGGUGUUCCCAGUGCACCAUCUCAAGAAGUGAGAUGCACUGGCAGUGCAACGUCACAAGACGCGAGGAGCGCUUCCAGCGCAAGGCCACGUGAUGUUAGAGGCGCUCCCAGUGCAGCACCACAAGUAGUCAGAGGCAUUCCCAGUGCAUCGUCGCAAGAAGUGAGGGGUGUUCCCAGUGCACCAUCUCAAGAAGUGAGAGUCGCUGGCAGUGCAACGUCACAAGACGCGAGGAGCGCUUCCAGCGCAAGGCCACGUGAUGUUAGAGGCGCUACCAGUGUAGCAUCGCAAGUAGUCAGGGGCACUCCCAGCGAAACGUCUAAAGAGGUGAAGGACGCUCCCAAGGAAAAGUCUCAAGAAGUGAGCGGCGCUCCCGGUGAAACGUCUAAAGAGGUGAAGGGCGCUCCCGGUGAAACGUCUCAGGAAUUGAAGGACGCUUCAUUCGCGACGUCCCAAGUGUAAAAAUCAUUGCACAAACUAUUACACGAUGACACCAAGGAAAAAAAAACUAGAGCAAUGACUAAAUUACAUUACUUACUCUAGUUUGUCACAGUUUUUUACUCACAUUUUCACCAUGAUAGUGAUGAUAGCAUGUCGUUCAGUCGGCCAUUCGUGGUGUCAUCCCAUGUGUCCCUGGGGGCUCACUAAAUGAUUGCAAGCAGGCUUUGUCAUCUUAGCAAAGGAGACAUCUGACCGUAACACUAAAUCCAUCUUCUGACCAUUAAGUCUAUAAUAAACCAUCAUAGUAAAAUCCUUAUAUAUCAAUAUCAGACCACUUAAAUACGUGUAUAUAAUCAAUUUUAUCUUUACCUUAAUGGAAUCAUCUUAAUUAAACAUAAAGAAUUUAGCUUUAGAAAACUUAAUUAGUUUGUAUGACUACAGAAAGUCUAUAAUGAAUGACUAAAAUUAAUCAAUACACUAUCAGACCACGUAUAUAAUGUCCUUUGUUUCUGCCUUUAUCAAGUCCUACAUUAAACAGAAAGCGUAGAUAUUUUUACCAUGUUAACGAAAGAACAACGGUAAAGAUCCACCGGAAAAUUGUGCUUUUAAGUGGCCAAAAAAAAAAAAAGGGCCCUAGGGGGGGGGGGGGGGGGAAGAAGAGCAUGUUCAAAGAUUGGUUAUUGAUCUGAGCGUGGUCCCAUGACAGGUUCUAGUUGAUCGAGUAUUUGAAGGAACUGUAUCCAAAUGUUUUAACGAAUCCUGUAUCAACUCACUCUGCCUGGCCAAAAGUUUGUACACGUUAUUUCUCCGAUACCCAAUCUUGUUGCGUGUUACAUGUGUUGAGUUACAUGUGCCAUGUAUUGUGAGGCUUGUGUUAUUUGUGUCGUGUACAAUGCGUUGUUUGUUUUGAGGCAUGUGUUAUGUGUCGUGUGUUGCGUGCCUGAGCCAUGUCAAACAUUGUCAAAUUACUGGGGGAGGGGGAGAAUGAUGGGCUUUUCAUCUUUCUGUGCUCAUCUCAUCUUCAAGUUUUUUGUCCGACAUUCCAGAAUUAUUCUUAUUUUCCCCUUUACGGAAA